UCUCCUGCCGCCGGAGGUGAAGGGAAUAUAAGUACGGCCGCGAUGUCGGCCGUCAUAUCUUCCCAUAUUAUAAUUGACUCUUGGGUAAGCGACAGAUGAAACCUGUCUCGCUCCACAUGACAGCAAACAACAUCAAUGAGAAUGGAAUUCCUCGUUCUUGUCUUUUGUGGAAUCCUGUUCAACCGAUUGGUUCUUGCACAACGAGCAUUUUUCCCGCUAGAUCCUCUACCGACUUUUCCAGCUUCACCAGCCGGGAGAUUUGCCAUCCCGAAUACGGGCGGUAAUCAAAACUAUGUCUUCGGCUCCAAGAUGAACGUUACUUGGACCUCAAGGUAUUCUUCAAACAACCUGUUCAUCAUCUUCAACGACGACUUUGCGAAUCCUCGCCAAUUGCUGACGGGAACGACGUUGUCAUGGUACUACUGGGACAUCAACGAUUACGGAGACAAUACGCAUUACUUUCGAUUCGCGAUCCGCAAUGCGGUGGACAGCGGCGAUGGCCUCAACAACGGCAUCAACAGCGGAGCUUUCUGGAUCUCAAACGCAGCCGCGGUGAGCGCGGCCGAAAAGUCAAAGGCGGGAGUAGCAGAGCCGACCGUGGUCACGACGACAGCGACAAUGGCGGCUCCGACUCCGAGCACUACUGCAUCCGCAACGACCUCUUCACCGCCACCGACAACGACAACAACAACAUCAGCAGCGUCGACAGCGACAACUUCGUCGGUUCAAGCAUCUAGCGCAGCCAUCACGUCGUCAACGCUGCUCAGCGCCAACAUCACGUCCUCGGCUGCGAAUACGACCUCGUCGAUCAUCCCACCAACCACAUUGAUAGCGACAACGACAGCAACAACAACAGCACAGGCCGCAGCACAGGGCAGCCAAAACACCAACAUCGCGCUCGCCGCAGGCAUCGGCAUCGGCAGCAGCCUCCUGCUGAUCGCCAUCGCGGGCGGUCUGAUAUUCAUCAUGCUCCGACGACGCAAAAAGUCCUCCGGUGCCACCGCCACCGAGGGAAAAGACGACGACGGCGACGACCUCGUCGAGCUCGACCCCCGACCUCCCCGCUACAUGCGGGACCCGGGCCACGAGGCGCCCGCCGACCACGCCUUCGUCGAAGCCCCCGGCCAUCUUCACGACGACGCGAAAGAGGCGCCGACCACCGCGGGCGUGUCGUACUACUACGCGGAAGCGCCGGGGAAUUCCCCCGGGAGGGCGCCGCCGCACGAACUGGCGGGCGGUGAGUGGCGGAGACCGAUGGAUGGCGCGGGGAGGAACCAUCAGGCUGUCAAGACGGCGGAUCAGAGCGAUCGGGGCGAGUCGUGGAGGACGAAAGCCCAGCCGCCUGUGCCGCUGUUCUGAUCCGCGCUGAGGAUCGAUAGGGAGUCUGGGAUAUGAAUGGGGGCAUGUUUGUGAGGGGCGAAAUUUGACUGUGCAGAUUUAGCGGGCGUUUCUGUCUGGGUUUCUUGCUCUUGUGAUGACGAGAGACAAACGUAAGAGAGACCCGGUCUCUCGAUGACGGAGGCACGCGAUAUUAUUCGAUUUUUCGUCUCUACACACACCUGGUCUGCUCAUCGUCCAUGUCAA